AUGGAUACCAUGACUGCCUUGGAAGGCUACUCCAAGGCCCUGCAUGAGGUCCUGUCCACAGGCAGAGACUGUCUGGUGGCGGGGGACUCAUGCUCCAGCGACGAGACCUGCAGCCCACGUCUGCGGACCCUGCGUCAGUGCGUGGCGGGCGACGGCAGCAUGAAGCUGGGCCCCGGGGCCCGGAGCCAUUGCGCCAACGCUGUCUCAGCCCUGAUUUCCAGCCCCCUGCACGGCUGCCAGUGCAAACGGGGCAUGAAGAAGGAGAAGAACUGCCUCAGCAUCUACUGGAGUCUCCAUCAGUCUGUCAUACACGGACUCAACCUGGUGGAGAGUUACCCUUACGAAACCGCGGAGAGAGACUACAACUCCGUUCGUCUGGCCUCCAUCACGGCUGACUCUGAGGCCAACGUGGCGACGGUGAACCGUUGCCUGGACGCAGCCAAGGCGUGUAACGUUGACGACCUGUGCCAGAAGCUCCGCACAGAGUACGUAUCUGCCUGCAUCAAACCCUUGGCCAAGUCAGGCCUCUGCAACAAGGCCAAGUGUAACAAGGCCCUACGCCGGUUCUUUGAUCGCGUCCCUCCAGCCUACACACAUGAGCUGCUUUUCUGCCCUUGCACGGACAUGGCGUGCGCCGAGCGACGCAGGCAAACCAUUGUUCCCGGCUGCUCCUAUGAGGGCUCAGACAAACCCAGCUGCCUCAUAGAGAUGAGUAUGUGCAAGGGUGACUAUGUGUGCAGGUCCCGUCUGGCUCAGUUCCAGUACGACUGCCAACCAGCCGAGUCGUCUGCCAACAGCUGCAAGCAGGGGAACUAUGGAGCCUGUCUACUUGCCUACACAGGCCUGAUAGGCAGUUCGAUAACUCCCAACUAUGUGGAUAACUCCACAUCUAGCGUGGCCCCAUGGUGCUCCUGCUCUGCCAGUGGAAACCAGAGAGUAGAGUGCUCCGAUUUCCUGGAAUACUUCACCAACAACGUCUGUCUCAGGAAUGCCCUCCUGGCGUUUGGGAGCGGGACAGACGUGAUGCCCACGUCCAGCAAAUCGGGACACCUCAGCCCAGCCACUGGCAGAGAGAGCCAUGCCAUCAACCCUCUGCCUGCUACUGUGGAGACCACACGGAACAUUCCGGAAUCAAUUAUUCCAACACAGGCCAGCGGAAACGACCGAUUGUGGAGAGAUUCUACCCUCCCGUCAGAUGGGCUCCCAAACUCUGCCCCCGCACUUGGCCUACUGCCUCCAACUUCCUUUACUGGCCUUUUGGUCCUACCUCUGCUCUUAUAUAGUCACUAAAUUAGGAAGCACUGCCAAGGACCACCCAUAAAGCAGGAGUAUUUGUUCACAAAUUCUGGAUACAUUUUUGUCUUUAGCAUAUAGGCUACUCCGUCUCCUGAACAUAUACAGCAUAGUUCUUUUCCUAUUUUUUGUGUUAGUGGUUCAGUUGCAAGUCCCUUAGGUGUACGACUUGGAGAGACUGAGACAGAUUGAAACCAAUCUGUAUACUUGUACAUUGUUAUCGCUUCGAGUCAAGAUGAAAGUACUUUUUGUGUGGACUCACCUACCAUCCAGCUAUCCAAGCACAGGACUGAAUUCUAAAAAUGCCAUCGGGAACUACACGGUUAUUCUUUAAGAUCUAUAUAUAUAUAUAACGGAAAGCUCACGAGAAACGGACUCUAGUGAACUGUCUUUAUUUCGUACUCAACUGCACAAACUGAUUGGAAAAGACCCUUGCGGAUAUAAGGGCUUUAAUACCACUCUCUUCGACUUGACUGAAGUAAGAACAAUGUUUCUGAUCAAUACUGGAAUGGUAGAGAUGGACAAUGGAGCUACGGCUUAAUCAGCCAUUCUGGACAAAUACCCUGACUCUGAUCAGUCCAAGUGCUGUCGGCUGCAAGAGAUGUAGAAACUUUAGAAUACGUGGGAUAGCUCUGACCUAAUGAUUAUCAUGCACGCAGUGAAGAUUGGGCUCUUUGUCAUGCUGUCAUCGCCAGUUCAUUUGUUCUCGCUAAUGCUUAGCUAAGUGUUCAUGUAUAAAACACUUUCUUCUCCUAGAACUUUGUUAAAAUUAAGUUAUGAGCAAACAUGUUCUCUAUGUGUACAGUACCAUUGUUCUGUGUUUGUGUGGAAGGACUGCCUUCUUUUCCUCAUUGUGUAAAUGGACAUUUCUCAAAGGGUGUCUGAAUUAGUAUGCCAUAUAGGAAUAAGGGCUUGUGUCUCAACAUUUUGGCCAAUAUUGAACCCUUUUCACACUACUGAGCCUAGCCAAGACAAGCCGAAAUGUACUGAGCUGCCCUCGAUACACGUCAACCAUAGUUUCUGAAACCAUGCUGGAAUGCAUAAUAUGAAAAGAAAAUACCAGAGACAAUAGCAGAAUACAGUACAGUUUGUACAGUAGAAAGGGUGAAACGUACUGAGUGCAUAUGUGACCUGCUCAUGGUAAGAUGGUCAUGAAUGAUGCUAUGUUCAAUGGGUUUCUGAUGACACGGAUAAUAUAGAGUUGGCUGGGUUUACUGUGCAUUGGCAGGACAGAUAAGCUACGUCUGUUAAGACGA